UUAGAAUUUCAUGAACGGCCUGCUUUCUAUUCGCGCAAUCUCUCUAGGGUUUUCUUCGGGUCGUCUCGCGCCAUUAUUGCCGUGCACUGUAAACGGAUCGAUCGGUUGAUUUUCCGAUAGAUGGCCGGCACCGGAAUGCACCCGUACCACCAGCAAUGGGCUCCAGCUCCGGCUCCCGCUGCAGCGCCACCUCCUCCGCCGCCGCACGUUCCUCAAAUGCCUCUUAAUGACCCUAAUCGUCCCCCUAACGACGAGGUGCGUACGAUUUUCAUCUCCGGGCUGCCGGAGGACGUGAAGGAGAGAGAACUCCAGAACCUUCUUAGGUGGCUACCGGGUUACGAAGCAUCUCAGGUCAACUUUAAAGGCGAACACCCCAUGGGGUUUGCUCUUUUUUCCACUCCUCAGUUCGCCAUUGCUGCCAAGGAUGCCCUUCAGGACAUGGUUUUUGAUGCGGAGUCUAAAUCUGUGCUGCAUACUGAGAUGGCCAAAAAGAACCUUUUUGUUAAAAGAGGAAUUGUUGCUGAUUCAAAUGCUUAUGACCAGAGCAAACGGAUGCGGACUGGCGGUGAUUAUACACAUACUGGGUACUCUAGUCCCUCCCCUUUUCACCCCCCACCUGCACCAGCUUGGGGGCCACCUGCGUACAUGACUCCACCACCUCAACCAUAUGAUCCAUAUACUGGAUACCAUGUUCCUCCUGUGCCAAUGCCUGUUCCUGCUCCUAUGCCUGCAGCACCAAGCAGCUAUGUGCCUGUCCAGAAUACAAAAGAUAAUCCUCCUUGCAAUACCCUUUUCAUUGGCAAUCUUGGAGAGAACAUAAAUGAGGAAGAGUUGAGGGGCCUGUUCACUGCGCAACCUGGUUAUAAGCAGAUGAAGGUAUUGAGACAGGAAAGGCAUACUGUAUGUUUCAUUGAGUUUGAAGAUAUGCAGAGUGCCACCAAUGUGCACCAUACCUUGCAGGGUGCUGUUAUACCUAGUUCUGGUGCUGUUGGCAUGCGGAUUCAAUAUUCAAAGAAUCCAUUUGGAAAAAGGAAGGAUUUCAAUCACAUUUCCCCUGCUGCAAAUGGAGCUCCACCACCUAUGACCUACCAGUAGCUGGAAGGGGAUGUAUUCUGUUCUCUAUGCUCUGACAAAUACAAAUCCUUAAAUGAUAGGAUGCAUCAUGGACAGCUGUUGCAUGCAUCCAUGUAAUCAUCAAGUCAUCAGCAUUAGCAUCUCUUCUCAUGUGAAUGAAUGCAAACUGUUGCAUCAUGAGCAUAUUCUUGGACCAUCUUAUAGUUUACCCAGGGCAUGCAUUUGAGGCAGUGGCAUGGCAAGAAAAGCUAACUUCAUUGGGUUCAUGUUUUUGCGACAUAUUAAAUUAAGGGUGCAUGUAAUUUUAGUGUAGAAAUUAUGUGAUUUGACUUUGCACUAUGCCAUAUUUACCUAAGAUGUCAUUAAUGCUUCCUUUGUUAGAUGUAUUGAUGUCUUUCAUAUCAUUUUUAUUGUCCAUUUUUAGUUUAGUUAGGCAACUAGCAAACAUGCCAUUCCACAAAGCUUGAUCCUACAGCAAUGUCAUUAACAUAUCAUGGUACUAAUUGACUAGAAACCUAUAUCAUGAUCUUGUUUACCAUUAGAAUUAUCAUUAUCAUACUAUUUCUAUCAUGAUUAAUGGGAAAGUUAUCAUAUACAUCAUGAUCAUGAUUAGCUAUUAUCUAGAAACCUACAUCAUGGUCAUGAUUACCAAUGGAGAUCAUACAUUUCUACCAUCAUAGGUUCAUUAUAGUUUGGGUCCAUUAACACCCCCCAUCCAUUCAAUCUUAUAGAACACCCGCGUCCAGGUCUUCAAAGAAUCUUCGAAAAUCCAGUCCAUGUUCAUUUUUGCAGGGACUUUUUACAAACUAAAGCAACCUCUAUCCAAGUCAGGGAUGCAAAGUCUUCUGUCAGGUAUAUUAAAUUUCUUUAGAUGAUGGAAUUUUGGUGGAAUGUAGCAUUUUGACUUGGAGCUCUUUAAAACUUGUGUGUCUUUGGGAGUUUUCAUUUUUUAUUUUUAUUUUGAGACUGAAUUGCUCUGAUCUCUUUGAUACUUCUUACUUUCUACUGAUUUUAAUUAUAUUGCAAGACAUGACUGGAACUGAAUUUUGGACUAGUAUGCACUGUUGUGUUCAUAACAGGUUCAGGAAAUUUGACGUGCCAACCUAUAAGUUGCCAAUGGGUGCUUUGUGUUUGAAUUAGGUCAGUUAGAAUGUAGUAGUGAAAAUUUGUAUGCUUUUAGCUUUCCACACUAGUAGUAGUAGUUAUGGGCUAAAUUUUUGUGAGGGACUACAGCUCAAAUGUAUUUUUACCUGCUUUUAUAAUUUUUAUAUUUAUUAUUACAUUACUAAUGAA